GUUCGUGUUGCAAACUGCUUUUUUAUUUUCGACUUAAUUUAAUUAAAAUACGGCUAUUCAUUCCGAUAUAACUAUCAAACUAGUGCAGUAAUACAAGAGGGAAUUGAGUUCUAGUGAGUGAUUGUAAAGAAACAUUAAAAGUGUAGUUAAAAUUAGGAAUUAUUGAGAAAUAAAAAAAGUUCAAACAAAAAUGUCGAAAAAAGACGAUAUUGUUGAGGAGAUUCCAGAUAAGCUGUAUGAUUCAACAUCAGCCAUUACGUACAGGAAGCUUCGUUUCUUCGGAAAAGGAGGCUUUGCCAAAUGUUAUGAGAUUCAAAAUGUUGUCAACGGUGAGACAUAUGCUGGAAAGAUUGUAUCAAAGAAAUUAAUGAUGAAGACCAAUCAAAAGGAGAAAAUGACUCAAGAAAUUCAAAUUCACAAAUCUUUACAUCACCGAAAUAUCGUUGGAUUCCACAGUUUCUUUGAUGAUCAAUUUAACGUUUAUAUUGUACUGGAACUGUGCAAGAAGCGAUCUAUGAUGGAGUUACAUAAACGUCGAAAAAUUGUUACUGAUUAUGAAUGUCGUUAUUAUAUCCAUCAAAUCGUCAGUGGUGUUCAAUAUUUGCAUGAAAACCGUAUCAUCCAUCGCGAUCUCAAACUCGGAAAUUUGUUCCUUAAUGAUGAGCUGCAUGUCAAAAUUGGUGAUUUUGGAUUAGCAACAAAGAUCGAAUUUGAGGGAGAACGCAAGAAGACAUUAUGUGGAACUCCAAACUAUAUAGCACCUGAGAUUCUCAACAAAAAGGGACAUUCGUAUGAAGUUGAUAUUUGGUCAAUCGGAUGUGUUAUGUAUACGCUUUUAGUUGGACAGCCACCAUUUGAAACAAAGAGCUUAAAGGAUACUUAUCAUAAAAUUAAAAAAUGCGAUUAUCGCUUGCCAUCAAACUUGCGCAAGAAUGCAGCUGAAAUGAUCAUUGCCAUGCUACAAUCUGAUCCAGAAAAGCGUCCAACUGUUGGUCAAUUGUUGCGUUUUGAGUUCUUAACUUAUGCUCCCAUUCCAAAAUCAUUGCCAUAUUCAUGCUUAACAACUGCUCCACGUCCAGAACUGCUCGAAUACAAUGAAAAAGCAGCCCGACGUCCACUCGCUGAAAUGAACGGAGAUGAUACACACUCAGAAUUCUCAUUCCUUAAGAAUAAUUUGCAUGAUGCCAUCACAGCUUCGGGUAUGAUGACUGCCUCGAGUCAAUUACAAAAGACUAAUUUGGAGCUUUUGUAUCAACAAAUGAAUGAAUUGUUUGCCAAGAAAUUGAAACGUCAUUUAAGUGAUUUAGGUGAUGAAUAUAGCGAUCCAGCUUCUAAUCCAUUGUUUUGGAUCAGUAAAUGGGUCGAUUAUAGCGAUAAGUAUGGAUUUGGAUAUCAAUUAUGUGAUGAAGGAAUGGGUGUUAUGUUUAAUGAUACAACAAAGUUAAUUAUGCUCGCGAACGGACACAAUGUCCACUUUAUAGACAAGGAUGGAAAAGAGUCUUACUUUAGUUCAACGUCGUUUCCACCGAAAUUGGAGAAAAAGAUGAAAUUAUUGACUUAUUUUAAGAGGUACAUGUCUGAGCAUCUCGUAAAAGCAGGAGCUAAUGCAUGUAAAGAUAACGAUAGUGUUUCUCGUGUGCCUCAUUUACAUACCUGGUUUAGGACGCAAUGUGCAGUUGUUAUGCACUUGACCAACGGAGCUGUUCAGCUGAAUUUCUCAGACCAUCAAAAGAUCAUUUUAUGUCCAUUGAUGCAAGCAGUUACACUUUUGGAUGUUGACAAGAACUUCCGAACAUAUCCAUUCAGCACAAUCGCAGAACAUGGGUGCAGCAAUGACUUGUACCAGAAAUUACGAUAUGCACAUGAAAAAUUGUUGAAACUGGUCGAGAAGCUUACUGCUGAAUGUUAUUAACUUUGCGAGAUUCAAUAGUAUAUUAAGAUAGAAAUGAGAUUUUAAGAAAAUAUCAUAAUAAUCAUGAUCUAGAGUAAAUGUACAACGAUUAUUCAAAAAAAUCUCUUGAUGCGUUGAUGAAAGAGCAAGCACAAAUUAACAACAAGAACAAUACAAAAAAAAUUAUAAUCAUAAUCAUUAGAAUGCUACCUAGAAUAUAUUCCCAUUUAAUUAGUUUUUAUACAUAUUGUCCCGUAUUCUUUGAAUGCCUAGUUUGGCGGCAACAUUGUCAAAAAAUAAUAUUAAAUCCUGUAAAAGUAAGUCAGAAAAAUAAGAAACAAUAAAGAGC